AUGUACCUCAGUCAUGUGACUGAACCCUGCUUCCAUUGGUCAGCUUUUACUCCGUGUUUAUUUCCGGAAGUAAGUUGUCAGUGUCAGACUUUCCGUAAGGAGUAUUAAACCUCCAAUCUACAGAGCCGGAACGACAGGUGUGUCUUCAUCACAGGAUGGCACAUUGGUUUCACAGAAACCCACUGAAGGCAACAGCGCCCGUGUCCUUUAAUUUUUAUGGAGUGGCAGGGAGCCCCGCUGCCAACAAGAUAUGCAAUGACCUGAGGACAACCAGGGCGAGACUGCUGGAGAUGUUCACUGAUGUCACCUGCAACCCCGAGAUCAUGAAAAAUGCCACAGAUGCGUACUUCUCCCUCCUACAAGGCUUAAUCGUGUCCUUGGAUGGAACUACACAGGAAAACAAGAUGAGGUUCUUCCAGAACUUCAAGUGGACUGACACCUUACAAGGAAAUAUACCAAGUGCCCAGCAGGAUGCAAUCUUUGAACUGGUCUCCAUGGCCUUCAAUGUAGCUCUCUGGUACACCAAGUUUGCCUCAAGACUAGCAGGGAAAGAAAACAUAACGGAGCCUGAAGCUAAAGAUGUUCACCGGAGCUUGAAAGUUGCUGCUGGUAUAUUCAAAAACCUCAAGGAGGUCCACAUCCCUCGUCUCAUCACCCCAGCCGAAAAGGGCCGGGACCUGGAGCCCAGAGUGAUUGAUGCAUAUAUCAUCCAGUGCCAAGCAGAGGCGCAAGAAGUGACCAUCGCCAGAGCGAUUGAACUGAAGCACAAUGCCACACUCAUUGCAGCGCUGGCAUUUGAGACAGCAAACUUCUAUCAGAAAGCUGACCACACGUUGAACACGUUGGAGCCAGAGUGCAGUAGCAAGUGGAGGAAGUAUUUUCAGCUGAAGCAGCACUUUUACAUGGCUUACGCAUACUGCUAUCAUGGUCAGACGCUGCUGGCGAGUGACAAGUGUGGUGAGGCUAUAAGAUCUCUCCAGGAGGCAGAAAAGUGUUACUCCCGCGCCGAGGCGUUGUGUAAAGAGUAUCGUCAGACCAAAGGCCCCGGCACCACAGCCAAACCAUCAGAGCAGCUGUUCUUCCUCAAACUGGGCGGUGUCAUUAAAAAUACACUGGAGAAGUGCCAGAGAGAAAAUGGCUUCAUAUACUUCCACAAGGUCCCAGCUGAGGCGCCCCAGCUGGAGUUGAAGGCGAGUUACGGCCUGGCUGAGCCAGUCCCAUUCGAGCUGCCGCCUCUCGCUGAGCUGUGCACUGCUGAAGUCUAUGCCACCUUUGACCUGACCAAGGGAGCCAAAAAUGACAAGGCCAAACCCAAGGAGGAGGAGGUGAAACCAGUGAAGGAGCCAGAUUUGAAGCCUCAGAAGGACACGGGCUGUGUCGUCUCCUAAACUUUCCACAGAUUGCAUUUUCAGCCUCAUGCUUCAGAACCAUCUAUUGUAAUGAUGGCAUCCAUAUUUCUUUCAUAUAAACCUCCACAGGACAAAUGUAUUUUUUUGGGUAAUAUUAAUCCAUGGUGUUUUACCAUCUAUGCUGAAACAUGUGUAUUGUAUUUGGGUAUCCAUGCAUCUAAACUACAGCCAGUCACUUCACAGAAGCUCACCGCUUCUCAUAACCUUAAACAUUUUAAAAGUUAUUUCAAGAUGGAAUAUUAGUAAUUAAAUGUUAGCUGAAAGAAUUACAUGAGGUAAUUUCAAAGUAGAACGAUUAAAAUAAAAAAGCCUUAUGGGCGAAGUAGUUAUUAAUGGUGCCUUUGGCUGCAAUGUAAACCUGUAAACUGUGGCCCCCUUACAGAAGCGUCUGGUGUUUAACCUUCUUGGCACUGUAGUGCUCUGGCCUGAAUAUAGAUGACUCAAAUAAUGGGAACUGGCUCAUUAAACACGCUGAAAAGUAUUGAUAAAAAAGACAUAAUAAAUUGAAAAGUUUACCACUACAUGGAAUAUGAUGAAACCAUCCUAAAUGAGUACUUAUAGGCUGUACUAUCUAUAGUAUACUACAAUAUGUUUGGAUAAUUUGAAUGCAUUUCAAGUUGAGAUUUGUUCAGAACUUCCUCAUAAAACACUGGGAGGGAGCAUUUGGUUUGUUUUAGCUGUAGGAGUUUACAAUCAAUAUUUGAUUUAGAUCACAACAUAUGUACUGUAGUUACUUUUGUACAUGACAUGACAUAGCCUUUUUCUUUUUUACCUCUACUAUUCAUUUAGGAAAACUUUACUACUUACACAAGGUUAAAUCAUUCUUUUAUGUGCUUCAGUAUUCUGUGAUAUAUCCCUUUAUUAUAGUACUUCUUAAUUUAUUUCUAUUGUAAUGUCAUGAUAUUUUAGUUGAGAACUUAAACACUUUAAAAAAAACAACACAGUUCUGUGUGACUCCAAUCAUAUGUUUUCGGUGAUGUUGUUUUUCAUGUUUCAGUGGACACACCAAAAUACCUGCUGAAACAUACAGUAAAAAGCUUUCUCUUGUAAACUGUUCUGUUGCUGAGAGUGCUGUUGUCAAUAGUUGUACAUUUUUUUUAUUGUACAUUUAUUGAGUGUUGUCCCCUUCCUUAAAAGAGAGCGUUAUCAGAUCCCAUGGCGGGGCGGGUGGGCACAUGAACAUCCUGGUCUAAAAUACUUUGAUGUGCUGUUAAAGUGCUGCUCCUGCUUUUUCACAGAAUUUGCCACGCUCCCUCUUUCAGAAUAAAGUCAUGUUGGUUAAAGCAGAGCUAUCAACUACUGGAAACUUGUAUAAACUGUAAUAUACUGCCCACAUGUGCUCAUUUAUGUCCCUACAUGUAUAUUAGCUUUCCUGAGUUAGACACCAACAGUAGUGACAAGCAGAUAAGCUCACUAAGUUUCUUUACAGCACAUUUUAACACCUUUGGAUUCUAUACUCAGGUGUGCCGGGAUUUCAGUGGAGAUCUAAAGAAAUCAUAAUGGUGAAGGCAUUUAAUUAUUGUUCAUUAUACCUGGAACAGCAAAUUUAAUAUUGCAGAAAUCAGACCAAUACUAGUCUUUUAUGGUCUUCAAGGCAACUGUUUAUUAAAAGGGUGUGUCAGAUCACCACGGCAGUGUAAACUCCUGUAGCUCAUUAUUCCUCCUCUGAUGGUGUCUUUCAUGUAAAAUGUACUUCAAACGCUAUUAAAUCAUCCAUAAAACUCCA